CGUAAGAAGAGGUCGGUAGUGCAGUUUAGCCACGGUAUAAGAGCGGCCCCAACACCGCUUUACUCCGCUAAAGUAGUUGAACGUUGCACGGUGUCACCAUGAGAGUGUUGCUGAACGUAGUGCCAUUUUUUUUGAUGGCACGUGUGAACAUCGAUACACCGUGGAGGCACGGGCCGCAAUACACGUUCCACGUUCAGGUGAACUCGACAGCGAUACCGGAGGAAGGUAGCUACACGAGCAUCCGCCUGAACGUCGCCUCGAAGCUGGUGUGCAACCCGAAGGGUUUGUACGUUCUCAGUUGUCACUUUCGCGACUCGAAGGCGGACAGUUACGCGACGGAGAGCCUGGACCCGGGUGCACCGGCCGUUCCUGUCAGCGAGGUGUCGCGUCAAGAAGCAUACGAGCUCAAUCAGGAACAAUUCGAGAUCAGGUUCAGCCAGUACGGGCUCGACAGCCUCGUGGUGAACGAGAACAUACAGCCACGCGAGCUAGACAUGAUCAGGGUGAUCGUCGGGCAAUUGAACAUCGGGGCGUUGGUCGGCGAGUAUGACGAAACGUUCGAGCUGAUGGAAAACUUCACGCAGGGCGAGUGCGUGACGAUAUUCUCGGUGGAGCGUGACGUGGUCGAUCGCGAGUUACGCGUGAACCGUGACUACGUUCUGGAAACGAUGUACAAGCUGAAGGACGGACAGUUAGUGCAGAUCAGGAAGAUCAGGAAUCUUCACAUGUGCAUGCACAAGGUGCCGUAUUUCUUCGGCAGCGCCGAGAGCGUCAGACAAGUCAGCGACGUGAUGUCCACGCUUAGUUCGUCGGAGAGUCACAUCGUAAUCACGUCCACCGAGUUCAUAUCCGGCACGACAAAUGUAAUAACCGCCAGCAAGGUGUCCGAGGGAACGAUUACGACUUUGUACGAGAACAUAAGCGUAAGAUUAGAAUCGAUUUUGCCCGCCGCGAGCGAACCGCCUGAGGUGAGGGAUUCCGAGCCGGCUAGCAUGUUCAUUGGAAGGUGGCUGAUAGAAAAUUCAAUGGAGGAUCACCUGUCGUUGGAGGUUUAAUCGAGUCACACGAAAGAUUCGAAUCGACGCCCUCGAUAAAAAAUUCAUCGUAUCACUAUAAUGUUGUAAAUAGUGCUGAUAAAUGUGCCGAUUCAUUUGAUUCUGUAAAUAAUAAAGUAACGUUUCCUUUGUA